AUGGUAUCUGCUGUUCCAGGUGACGAACCGGAAGAUUCAUUCAGCUAUUCCUAUUCUGAUAGCAAAACCGAUGAUAGUCCAUUCCUCUAUUAUGAUGAUACCACCUCUACCCCUACUUCUAACUCCUCAAACACAACAACUUAUGUCAUUGGUGAUUGUGAUGUGUCAUGUAUGAAAUUGUGGUUAGUUUUUGGUGGUGUAGUAGUAAUAGCUUUAAUGCUAGUGCUCUACCUCUGUGUUCCUGUUGCAUUUAGACGGAGACCGAGAAGAAGGUUAUCAACUUGGAUAGAAGAUGGUAAACCUAAAAAGAGUGAUGUUACUGCUGAUUCUUAUAAACGGGCUAUAGAAUAUAUUAAAACACAUCUUCCCAGUGAUGAUUUACCAAGCUCCGAAAAAAUACAAAAUAAUAUUUUAGGUACAAAAGGUUAUUCUGCUUGGAUGUUUGUUCACGGUGGACAUAGUGAAGUUACAAAUAAUGGAAGAUGGGUGGAAUUCUUUUUUAAAAGUACUGAAAAAAAUAAAGAAUCUUCGAUACAAACGAAUUAUCCAUUUUUUACUUGUGGAGAUGUAGAAUAUGAAGAAAUAAUGCAUUAUUUUGAAGUUACUGUAAAAAAAGUGACGAAGCAAGUGAACACUAUAGCAAUCGGUUUGACUACAACACCUUAUCCAUACUUUAGACUUCCUGGAUAUCAUGAAAACUCGGUUGCAUACCAUUCCGAUGACGGUCGAAAAUUCCGUAGCGAUCCUCAUGGAGGAGAAGAAUACGGUCCAAGAUGGGGUAAAGGUGAUACAAUUGGAUGUGGAUAUAAACCCGGCACUGGAGAAGUAUUUUUCACAAAAAAUGGAGAAAACUUGGGUGUAGCAUUCGGAGGAGUACAUCACACUUGGUACCCAUCUAUUGGCACUGAUGGAUCUUGCGAAUUGGAAGUUAAUUUCGGGGAUUCUGAGUUUAAAUUUAAAGAUGCUAAAGGAUUUGGACCCGGUAAUCCUUUACAUAUACCAAUGCAGUUAAAUUAA